GCGCCCCCUGGCGGCGGCGAGGCGGGGGCGGCGCGCGAGUGGAGCCGAGCCCGAGCCCGAGCCCGAGCCCGAGGAGCGGCGGCGGCCGUUCGUGAGGGGAAGGGCGGCCGGAGCGCAGGAAUGGAGGGGGAAAAACUGAUCUCUGCAACAGACACGCAGUAUUCUAGCGCACUCCUUCAGUCUUUGAACGAACAACGUGGCCACGGACUUUUUUGUGAUGUUACUGUCAUCGUGGAGGACCGGAAAUUUCGAGCUCACAGAAACAUUCUUUCUGCCUCAAGCACAUACUUUCACCAGCUUUUCUCAGUGGCAGGGCAAGUGGUUGAACUGAGCUUUGUAAGAGCUGAAAUCUUUGCGGAAAUACUUAACUAUAUGUAUAGUUCCAAAAUAAUCUCUGUCCGAUCUGACUUACUUGACGAAUUGAUUAAAUCAGGGCAACUGUUGGGCGUUAAAUUCAUAGCCGAUCUGUGCAUAACACCUUCUGAAGGAAAAAGCACGUCAAAUGAGGUCAAAGAUGCUGCUUCAGAAACUUCAACUUCUAGCCCCACUCAAAAGGAUGCUGAAACACAAGUACCUGCAAUCAGGCAAGAGGGUGGGGAUGUAUUGGGGGGGAUGCCGGUUAUAACUGAAUCGUUCUCCUUGCAUGGCAUAUCAUAUGAGACUGCAAAAAUAACAGUGAGCGACUCAGAUGAUGACGAUGAUGUCAUUUUUUGCUCUGAGAUCAUUCCCCCAAAAGAAUGUACUAAAGAUACAAGUGCUGCAACCCACAACCAACCUUGCCCAAAUGCAGAUGGAGUUUCUGACCAAAAAUCAUGCAGCAGUGGUGGCUCCCCACUACUGACUAGCCCCACAGCAACUCAAAAACUCUCUUCCUCUGUUAACCAGCUGCAUCCAAACCAAACACAAUCAAGUGCGGAAUCCCUCGUCUCUGGGACACCGCAGCAUUUGACACCUGAGAUUAUUUUGCUAAAUCGGCCUCCAGUUAACGCAUCACCCAGUGUCAGCUCCUCAAAUCAAACACAUGUGACCCCUACAAUUAAUUUGGUUGAGGAGAACCAGAAGCCAUCUAACAACAGUUCCUCAGCUGAAACAGAAACGACUGCUGUUGAUGAUGGAGAAGAGGUGGUUGAAGAUGACGACGAUGUCAUGAGCUCCUCUAGUCCUGGUUCAGUCAGCAAUAGUUCUUUGGUUCAGCAGCCUGCUGCGUCCAAGGCCGCAGCCUCUGAAGGAUCAGGUGUACAGAAAAAACAGGUUGUUACGUUUUCACAAGAGCCAUCUUCUAAGCCUGGAGAAUUUAAAAUAAAAAUUUCAGAUGUCCUUACUGGAAACAACAGGGAAUUCAGUGCAGGCAUUGCACCAAAACAUGUGGCAGAAGGGCAGAAAAUCAUAACGUUAGAUACGGCCACUGAAAUAGAAGGCUUAUCCACAGGCUGUAAGGUCUAUGCAAACAUUGGUGAGGACACCUAUGACAUAGUCAUUCCCGUAAAGGAUGAUCCCGAGGAAGGAGAAGCCAAGCGUGAUGAAACGCCCAAAACAUCUGGUGAUGAUUCUCCAGGCAGGAAACGCAUGAAAGUUAAGCACGAUGACCACUACGAGCUGAUAGUGGACGGAAGGGUCUACUACAUCUGCAUUGUAUGUAAGAGAUCGUAUGUGUGUCUGACGAGUUUACGGAGACAUUUUAACGUUCAUUCCUGGGAGAAGAAGUAUCCAUGCCGAUACUGUGACAAGGUUUUCCCUCUCGCAGAAUACCGUACAAAGCACGAAAUCCACCACACCGGCGAACGGAGGUACCAGUGCUUGACAUGUGGCAAGUCUUUCAUCAACUACCAAAUCAUGGCCUCGCACGUAAGAUCGGUCCAUAGCCAAGACCCUUCUGGAGACACCAAGCUUUACCGAUUGCACCCUUGCAGGUCGUUGCAGAUCAGACAGUACGCGUACAUUACUGAUCGUUCAAGCAGUAUACCGGUAUUAAAUGAGAAUGGAAUUGUUUAUCGUGUUGACACAGGAAAGGAGAGCACCGAAGGAACAACAUUGAAUCCUCCAGCCAAACAAAUGACCUGGGAUGAUAUUUUCAUUCCGCAGGGAAACGAAGCAAUUUUUAAACAAAAUCAAUCAGAGGGUAGCACUGAAUUUGAGUUUGUAAUACCAGAAUCUUACUGAAAUGCAUUAAAUGCUGGAAAAGGGCUUCAGUGCGGAAACACUGCAGCUGUUUUAAAUGAACUGUUAAAAUAAUUGCAGAACAAAUUGUUAAAGUGAAAACAAGUUAACUUGUUCUACCAAGUCAUCAAAUGGUAGUACUUAGAUGGAUCGUUAGUAGCUGCAAGCAAUUUGUGGAAGCAAUUCAUCUGAAAGUUUACUUGAAUACAGAUUAAGACAUUUCCAAGGAGCUAGCAGUGUUUGCUAGUAUGUUAAUUUUGAUCAAACCGUGGGGAUUCGUAACUAGAAAAAGGUACAGUUUAUUCUAAAGAACUAGAGAUCUAAAGUCAUUUGUAAAGUAAUCGAUGUAUUUCCUGUACCCACACUUCUUACGUAAACCCUUUCUUUCAUGGUAGCACUUUAAUGCUGAACUGUGUUUAAACAUUAAUCAAGAAAACAGUAAAAAUAUUCAUCAUAGUCUCUUGAAUGUGGAACCAUUUAAAAAAUUAAUCCCACAACUCAUUUUAUUUUUCUGAGCAAUGCAUUACUGCAAGGGUCCAGAGUUUGGAGUAGUGUAUUUUUGAACUAGCAUCUUCAUUUUGCUUUUACAAGCAAUAUGAAUCAUCUGUCUUCAUGCAAAUAUUCUUGCCAACAACUUAGCCAGUCUGGGCUAACUUGAACAAACUUUAUAUUUGUGUUUGGCAGUAUGGUGAGCAGAGUAUUCAGUGUCUGGACCAUUAUAAUUUACUCUUUUUGUAACAGGGAAAAAAGUCAGUGAUCCGUAGCGAGGAAACUUGGAACGCUUAGGAAGAUAAUUUUGCCCUUUCAAAUCUUGAGGAAUAUUGUUAGGUUUUCUUAUUACAGAAGAUACCAGUAGUUUGGAAUAAAGUGCUGUUUUUUGCUCUUCAUGAAGAAAGGUUUCAAUCUGGUAUCUAAAAAAAAAAAGUAAUCCUUAUGAUACUUUUUUUUUUUGCUAGCUGAAGGCUUUGAAAUUUGCUUAAAAUUGAGAAAUAACCCAAGGGCCGUGUCAGCUUAGCACUGAGACUGCUGAGGAUCUUGUAUGUCUAUUUGGCUAGAUUUUUAAGUGAAACAGGAAUUUCUUUUUUUUUUUUUUUCUCCUCCCAUUUAUAGAAGGAGUGUAACCAUGUAAUAAUGAUGAACCAACAAUCAAAAACUACCCCUCAUCCCUCAUAGUCCACAGUAUAAUUCCUCUACAGCUGCCUAGUUGUCAUCUGUUUUCAGUUUCAGGUUUAUUAUAUUGCCCCUUUUUUUCUCCGUGCAAUUGGUACAUUUUUAGACUCAGGAGAUGAUCCAAGAAGUCCAACCUGAACAGGAAACAGUAGAUCUGAGAAAAAAAACUGUUUACCAUAGUUUAGCACGUCAGAUUUAGUGACUUCUUGAAUUUCUGUAAAUGGUAAUAUGAAAACUGCACAGAAAUUCUAGCGAUGACUGACUGAGCGAGAUCGUUGUGCAUAGCGCUAGUUAGUUAUUGUAAUUGCUUAAAUUACAGCUGAAAGUUUUCUUCUCCUGUUUCAAGUAAGCAUCUUGGUCCUACGACCUUCAAAGAUUUUAGGCAUCCGGUAUUCCUGACAGAAAGAUACUUAACUGGUAAAUGGUUCAAAUACAACUGGAGCUAUAAAAAAGGGUAGCAGAAAUGCAUAACGAUGGGAGAAAGAGGAGAAUGUUUACUUUCUACGUGUAAUACUCAGCACUUCUGUUUUGUAGGCCAAAAAUUAUAUACGUGGUUAUUUCCCAGAUCAUGUUGCAAAUGCCUUUGAGUAUAAUGGGAUACACUUUCAAAUGUUACAGGUUGGAUGUAGUCUGAGAUGGCAUUGCAGCAGCCACAUGUAAUCCUCAGCAGGAGUAAGUAUUGAUUGCCUGACGUAGCUGGCUGCGUGCUGUGUAGAAAUUUCAUGAACUUUUGGUCAUAAAAAAUGUGAUGGUUCUAUAGUUGACAUGACACACAGAGAAUUAAGGAUACACUGCAAAGUGUGCAUUCAGUAAUAACAAAAAUAAUGGCUAUCAAUAUUUGCUGCUGAUAUAUUUAAACCUUAAAUUAAACUGUGCCUACUAAAGGUCUCUCUUUGGAGGAAAACUGGAAAAUUAGGGCUUUGUAACUGUAUUUUUGCUAGAAGACUCGUGCUUGCAUGUGUCUCAGGGUCUUCAGUUUUCCUCGGAAGUGAUUUUUGAUAUCCAAAGUCCAGAGGUCACAUAAAGCAUUUUUUAAUUUUACUUCCAAUAUUUAUUGAUUUGGAAACAUGUUAGAUCCUCUUUAAACUUUAUGGGGCCAUGAGCUUUUAUAUUUAGAUUUCUGGCUAUUGCACUUAUAUUUGUUUGUUUGUUUUUAAACAUUUAGCUUCCACUUUAACUUAAUGAAAAAACUUAUGUAAAUAUUAAGAAAUUGGCUUUGGGGUAAUUGGGGUAAUGAGCGAAAAAGUUGGAAUCUGAAAAAGCAUUUGUAUAAAAAUUAACAAUUUCAACAGAGUGCUAGCAAACCUCACAGUCAUUUAUACACAUAUAAAAACAUUAACGGAGCUGCUGCAAAAUGUAAUGUUGGUGGUUGCAUCCUCAUUGUAUGGUUUCUUUGGAGAUUCAUCCCAUAGCAUUCCAGUAUAUGAAUAAAAUAAAAAACAAGAAAAAAAUCACCUGCUUAUUUAUUUUGUACUGUUAAGGCACGCAGCUUAUAAAAAGAUGCAGAAGCUGACAACUAUAUACAUUGAACAUUUGAGUUCUACACCUGUUACCUAUGAACUGUUCCACGUGAAAAAUCACUAAUUUUUGCUAGAUCUGUAAUGUAUAUACUUGUAUAGUCUUUCUUUAACAUACUUUUUAAAGUUGUGUUCUACUUUUCAUUAAUCAAUACUUGAUAUUAGUUCUUAGAGCUUUCUAUGGCAAAAAAUAAAAAGUUUAAUU